AUGGAUUCGGUACUCCGCCAGUCCAAGGCCAUGUGCCCCUUCAUGAGAAAGGCUACGGCCGCCGGGCUUCGGGCCAUGACGACGGCUGCCACCGCAACCGCAACCGCGGUCCGGCCCGCCGUCGCUCCCUCUCCUUGCGGUGGCGCCAUCUCGAAGCUGCAGGUGCUCGCCCGCCGCUGCCCCGUCAUGGGUAAGGCCAUUGCUGUGCAGUCGGCCCGCCUCGGCAGCAACCACCACCAGCACGCCGGCUUCCACGGUGCCGCUGCUUCCACCUUUGCCGGCCACCGCGAGAGGUCGGGCAAGGCCAGGCUGCACACCAGCCGCUCCAAGGACGCCCGCGCCGUCGAGGACUCCUUGUUGGACAAGGGUGCGUUGCCUUGCUGGCUUCCCACGAGCUCCUGUAGACAUGACAUGUUCUUCCCCCGACCCUCUACGCACGGCUCCAAGUUUGACUACGAGGGGUUCUACGAGGCCGAGCUGGGCAAGAAACACAAGGACAAGUCGUACCGCUACUUCAACAACAUCAACCGCCUGGCCCGCGAGUUCCCGCGCGCCCACAUGGCCAACCGGGAGGACCGCGUCGACGUGUGGUGCGCCAAUGACUACCUCGGCAUGGGCCGCAACCCCCAGGUGCUGCGCGCCAUGCACGACACCCUCGACGAGUACGGCGCCGGCGCCGGCGGCACCCGCAACAUCUCGGGUCACAAUCGCCAUGCCGUCGAGCUGGAGCACGCGAUUGCCCGCCUGCACGCCAAGGAGGCCGGUCUCGUCUUCAGCUCAUGCUACGUCGCCAACGACGCCACCCUGGCCACCCUCGGCAGCAAGAUGCCCGACUGCGUCAUCCUGUCCGACAGCCUGAACCACGCCUCCAUGAUCCAGGGCAUCCGCCACUCGGGCGCCCGCAAGAUCAUCUUCAAGCACAACGAUGUCCACGACCUCGAGCAGAAGCUGGCGUCGCUGCCCCUGCAGGUGCCCAAGAUCAUCGCCUUCGAGUCCGUCUACAGCAUGUGCGGCUCCAUUGGGCCCAUCGCUGAGAUCUGCGACUUGGCCGAAAAGUACGGCGCCCUGACCUUCCUCGACGAGGUGCAUGCCGUGGGCAUGUACGGCCCGCACGGCGCCGGCGUCGCCGAGCACCUCGACUUUGAGGCCCACGCCCGCGGCGCCCCGCGCGGCACCAUCAUGGACCGCAUUGACAUCAUCACGGCCACCUUGGGCAAGGCAUACGGGUGCGUGGGUGGCUACAUUGCCGGCACCGCCAAGCUGAUCGACACGGUGCGGUCGCUUGCACCUGGCUUCAUCUUCACCACGACGCUGCCGCCCGCCGUCAUGGCAGGCGCCCGGACGGCCAUUGAGUACCAGAUGGAUUACGGCGGUGACCGCCGGCUACAGCAACUCCACACGCGAGCCGUCAAAGAGGCGCUCGGCGAGCGCGACAUCCCCGUCAUCCCGAACCCGAGCCACAUCAUUCCCGUGCUUGUGGGCAACGCCGAGCUGGCUAAGAAGGCGAGCGACAAGCUGCUGAAGGAUCACGACAUUUACGUGCAGAGCAUCAACUACCCCACGGUCCCCGUCGGCCAGGAGCGCCUUCGCAUCACCCCCACGCCCGGCCAUACCAAGCCUUACCGCGAUCACCUGGUUGCUGCGAUUGAGUCCAUCUGGAAAGAGCUGGGCAUCAAGCGAACCAGCGAGUGGGCGGCCGAAGGCGGCUUCAUCGGCGUCGGCGAGGCCAAUGCCGUGGCCGAGGCUCCGCUGUGGACCAACGAGCAGCUUGGCGUCACCGAAGCCACUCGCGCCAUCUUGGCUGCAUCUCCCGGUGGCAGCAGCCGCGGGCUGACCGAGAGGCUCCUCGAGCUUGAGCUGGAGGGGUCGAGCGCCAGUGCCCCCGCUGCUGCUGCCGGAGCUGCUUAG